AUGGCGAUCCCCGUUGCCCGCGUGCACCUCAAGGUGGCACACGCAGCUCUCCCGGCGCUGCUCCCGACCCCGCCCAAGUGGAAGAUGCUCCCGCUGCUUCCGACGCCGUGCGUCGCCGCCAUCCUACCGAAGCCCCUCGCCAAGCCCAGCCGCGCCGACUCCGACGAGAGGUGGGACGCGCACAAGACCAAGUCAGCUACCUCUGCUUCAUCAAGCCCUCGUUCCACUUCCGCCGACAGCGUCAGGAGCUGCGCCGGACGCGGAUCCUCCUCCCGCAAGAUCGCGACGUCUCCGCUGGCCAAGCCCGGCCGGGUUGAUUCCGCUGAGCGAUGGGACGCGCACAAGAAGAUUGCGAGCCCAGCUUCGUCGUCGACGUCGUCUGGCACGUCUUCCCUCGUAAGCACCAGCAAGUGGCCGAUCAGCCGCGCGAAGUCCGCCGAGCGCUGGGGCGUGCACAAGAAGCGCUGCCCGCCGCAGGCCGACCUGCUCGAUGAUGGCGAGAGCAGCAGUACUGGCAGCAACGACAUCGACAUGGAAGAGGAGAUACUAUGGAAGCCGCGGGCGAUGUACGCCGGACCGGGCUUCGUCGUUGCAGCGCCGGAACCUAGCAUGAUUCCCAUGCCAACGGCGUUCUUGGUUCCUGUUGCAUAG